GAGCAGAAAAUAACCGACUUCACCGGCACAUUCAAGCUCAAUACUUCCAACAAUUUUGACGAAUUUUUAGAGGAGCUCGGCGUAAAUGUUGUACUAAUAAAUAUGGCCAAGAUGUCGACGCCCGUGGUUAACAUCACCAAAGAUGGCGACAUCUAUACUCUCAAGACAAUCGCCGGCUUUAAGAACAGCGAGAUCAAGUUUGAGUUGGGCAAAGAGUUCGAGGAGGCGCGCAUGGAUGGCAACACUGUCAAGACCGUGGUGGUGGCCGAUGGCAACAAACUGAUCCAGACCCAACACGGUAAAAAAGAAGUGAAAAUUGUGCGCGAGUUCAAUGGCAACGAAAUGAAAGUGACCGCAUCGGUGGGCAAAGUUGUCUCUGUCCGUACUUACGCUAAACAAUAG